GUUUUUUCCUUAUCCGACCAAUUCAUACCCUCCUCUUUUCUCCAGAUAUCUUCUUAGAUUAUUUAGUUUUCCUUUGAUCGAAUCUCUUUUAAGAUUUUAAUUAAUGGCAACUUCAAGAGUUGGAAGGUUUGUUAUGGAAGUCGCACCACCACAAUUUGUAAGCGUAAUGCGACGCCGAACUCCAAAGAUGUUAGAUACAAUAGUUGAAGAAGAUCACAGAGAUGCUGGCAAUUUUACCAAUGAAAACAAUCUUUCUUCAUUUUCAUCAUCCAAGUUUUCUUCGCCGUCGUCAUCAUCAUUUCAAAUGGCCACAAAAGCGAAAGCAAUAUUGACCUCCUCUUCCUCUUCCUCUAAUUACUUCAUUAACGACGCUAACAGUGCGUCAUCAAUUUAUGGGUUUUAAGCUAACUAACCCUCUGCGUGAAGUUUGAUCUUCUGCUAGCAGCCCACCUGCGUGCUCUGGUGUAUAUUGUCAGCCAGGCCCACGUCGUGUCAUUUGGAACACAAAUUGCUUGAAUGAUCCAAGUCCCAAGGUCGACGUUUUUGUGGUGUGUAUAACUGUGGUGGUAGUACACAGGAACUCUCGCUUCUACUAUCAGGUUGUUUUAAAUUAUUAUACUAGUUACUGUUAUUUAUAUCGAGCUAGUUACUGCUAGUGACUGCUUUGUUAAUAUGUACCGGAUCGAUGAAAAAUUAUAGUACAAGUUAUCGACUAUUUAGCUAUCGUAGUACUCUUUA